GUGGAUAUCACUAGGUCUAGGAUCAGGAGAGAACGAACGGUACCAGAACGAACACGAACGACGAGGACGAGCUCUGUUCAUCUCAGGUGCCUAGAGGACUACAGUCUAACUGAUCAAAAGUUGGAUUAUAGAGUAAAGGAUCUAAACGGAUCAACCAUGCCGCAAGACGGGAGAUACAGACGCAGGUCCCGAUCGAGAUCCAGGAAUAAGCGAAGUAGAAGACGAAGACAUGGAUCAUCAAAAUCUUCAGGUUCUAGCUACUCAAGAUCUAGAUCUCGUACACCAGAGCAGCGGUACCGUGAUAAGGGCAGAUCUUCACGAAGAACCCCACCAAAGUAUCGUCGCUCUUCAAAACGGUCCCCUUCACAUGAGAAAAGGAGGCCAAGGUAUGACCGCCGAUCCCGCUCUGAGUCAUCAUCCCCCAGGCGACGGUCACUCGAAAAGAAAGAAUAUCUGAAUACCUCCAAGGUCCUGACAGGCAACUUCUCCAACAUCCCUGGACUUGAUUACAUAGGCCGAGGAGGAAAAGGUGAUAAUGAGUCUAAUCAGGAUCUUGAUUUACGUCUCAGAGAACUUGAGACCCAGGGAUCUGCUGGGUCAUCUCGAUCCAGAGCUGCAGAACAAUCAAAGAACUCUCAGAGAGACUACUUUGAGUCAAAGAGAGAAUCACAAGAAAGUUACAAAGAACGCAGUAGGUCACCGGCUGAGAAGAAGUAUGAGUCAUCAAGGUACUCCAAGGAAAGAGCUGUGUCUCCAGACAGCGAGAGGUAUAGGGAGCAAAAGGAUCAGAAACGACCCGAUUAUGGUAUCAGAGUCGAGGUAAAGAGAAAGCCGUCGCCAAAGAGAAGAAAGUUUGAUCCCAGCCUGGUGUUCAUACCUCGCAGGAAGGAUGAAGGUUUGCAGCCGAUAUUCGAUCGCCCAGAAAUCAUUGUCCGCACUUUGGAGGAUGAUCCUGAAAUGUACCCUGAGAAGUAUGAACGCUUUGCUUGUUGGAAGAAGUCUCCUGAGCGAAACCGAAAGAGGAACGACCGGGAGUACAGCAGAGAGAGGGAGGAAAGACCAAGGAAGCAGAACAGACAUCACAAAGAUAGCAGGAGGUCUCCCAGUCCAGAUCCUCAGCAGCCAAGGCAGGCAACUGUCAUGAUGAAGCCAUUCACUGUUUAUGAGAAAUACGAACAAUCCUUGCGGAAUAAACCUGCACCUACUCCUGCAACACAGGAAGUGGAUAACUACUUGCAGCGCUCCCAGGACUUUGGUCUAUCCCAGAGCUCUCUCCCUCUGUCCGGGUCUACCAGCUUGUUUAGUUCUGGCUUGGGACUGGAUAACGUCCUUGAUGUAGGUAGCGAUCUCCGACUUGACCUGGAUGUGCGUCGGCAGUUCCUUGUGAGGGAAGCUGAAAAACAGCUGGAUUUGCAGCAACUCCAACCCUCCAUAUCCCCAACCCUAGGCCGGCUGACUGGGUCAGGAAUGUCCCUUGAUCGAAGAGAAAUUGCUUCGUCAGAAAGAAGACCAGUGAGGGAGCGGCUUGGUGAUCUGGAUAGAGGGGUAAUAAAGUUGGACAGUGAAGUACCUGACUUUAGGAAAGAGGUCGAAGAGCUACAAAGACUGGAUCCUACUUCUCAGCCAAUUAGAGGAAAUUUCUUUCAGCAUGAUGAUCGUGAUCAGCCCUCACUGGCCGAAGAAAAGCGUGGCAUAAGGCCGUCACCAAGGGGUCGAGGAGGCUAUGUGCCCCGCAGCUCAUACCGUGGAGCACGUGGUAUCGGCCGAGGUUAUCUGGGCCGUAACUUCAUCCCAAACUUCAGAGGUUAUUCUAGAGGGUUAAACAGGUUUCCUUCUCGUCGAGGAGGAUACGGCUCCUCCUGGAAACAUGACAAGUUUGAGGACAAGGACAGAGAGAACCGAGAUAAGAGAGAGAAGAAAGAAAAGAAAUCAAAGUCUUCAUCGUCAGAUAAGAAAAAGACCAAGAAGUCAUCAAAGAAGACUCCAGAAAGAUCCAAGUCUAAAAGAGAAAGCAAGAAGUGACUUCAGAGCUCGAGCAACCGGCAGUUUUAUAAACUCGUGAGAGAUGUGAACCACUCAUCAAGCUUGUGAGAAAUGGAUUUACAUCUUGUUAUCACUUCAAAAAUGGAAGAUUAUCAAAUUACAUUUGUACAUGUAUUAAAAGAAGUUGACAUUAGUAUACAUAAGCAUCUCCUGAUGCAUUUCAGGCUGUUUCUCAGAGUUAGGUGUGACUUUAAGGUAUUUGGUAGUGCAAAGGUACCAAGAAUCCCACCAUCCCAUCCCUCCGUUCCUUUGGUAAGGCGUUAAUCUACACCCCCCCCCCCCCCUCCACCCAGGUGUGAUGAAUGGGUACAUGUUAGGAAUUCCUUGAAUACUCAAGCACCUGAUCGGGGUAGCCUUGCUAAAGCUGGGCUACUCGUAUGCAGCAUUUUCAAACAUUGCAUUAAGCGCCAUAUAAAUGUUGCAUAAUUAAAUCGGUUUUGUUGUUUUCUCAUUGAUAUGCAUUAGACACCACAUAAAACUUUGAAUGUUGUGUGCUACUGUAAGUCACAC